AUGUACUGCAGGACGGCUUGGUGUAGACACCUUCUGGCUGUGUCCAUGGCCCUGUUCUGCCUGCUCCACAACACCAUGGACGUCCAUGCCCGGCCAGCUAACAUGUCAGCCUUGAAGGACAAAAACAACCCCACGAGUAAAGAGGAGAAUGAGAUCCUUCCCCCAGACCAUCUAAAUGGGGUGAAGCUGGAGAUGGACGGUCACAUCAACAAGGGCUUCCAUCAGGAGGUGUUCCUGGGUAAGGAGAUGGAGGAGUUUGAGGAGGACUCCGAGCCCAGGAGGAACAGGAAGAAGCUCAUUGACAUCUUCAGCAAGUAA